AUGAAUUCAAUCAGAUCCGUUAACUCAGCUUUCACCCCCUUCAAUUAAACUCAGUCCUACUAACAACACCAAGCAGAUCUCAAUUAGAAGCGAAUGUUCUCUUAAAUCCUGAUUAGUGCACUCUCCCUGAACCCCCAUUCUAUGGAAUAAAUCACUAAUCAGAAUGUGACAAAGAUGGCGGCCUUUAGUCACGAAAAAGGAUAGAUCAGAAAUUCUGCUCAUUUACCCGAUUCCUCAACACUUUCAGUAGAGUCCUACACACUCACCAGCAAAAACGAUGAAUCCUCUGAAUCACUCAAAAUGUACGGUAGCACUUUAUGCUAGAGUCCAGUAUUGUGUGAAUCUGUUCAGAUUUUGAAUUCUAAUUCUUCAUCGCUUCCAUCUCUACCAGUUCAGCAUCAGACAUCCCGUAAAACUAUUAAUAUUGACCUCAGAAAGAUCAAAGUACUGGAUUACGAUGAUCUAAACGAAUGUGUAGCCGCUCUGUUAAAGAAGGCUAAGGAGGAUUUAAGCGACGAAUAUAACAGAAAAAAGAGACAGAGGAAAAACAAGAACUAAUUGAAAAUCUUAGAAAAUGAAUACAAAAAGAAUCCCGAUUGGUCCAGAGAAUACAUAAAAAAGCUAUCAGACAAUUUGGGACUAAGUGAAUGCCAGGUCUACAAAUGGCGCUGGGAUCAAUUAAAGAAGACUAACCCAGAGCUAUUCAAUGACUGCGAAGAAUGA